AUGUCUAUGGAAGAGAGCAUCAGCUUGGAAGAGACCAACAAGAUCCGUAUAUCACUCGGUCUGAAACCUCUCACCGACGAUGGAGCUCCUGUAGACAACAAGGAGAAGACGGCCGAAGAUAAUUACGCUAAACGACGCGAAACGGAGGCCAAAGAACGAGAGUCAAAGAAAACUCAGGAGCGUCUUGCAAAAAUAAAAAAUCGACGGGAACUCAAUGCGUCACUUCAAGGCACAACUCUCGGUGACCCAGAGGGCGACGAGGAUACGCUCAAAUGGGUCAAGAAGAGCAAGAAACGAGAGAAGGAACUUGCAAAAAAACGGCAGCAGGAGUUGGAAAAUAUGGACCAGAUGUUUCAAGCCGAGUACACAGAACGUGAUUUAGAAGGCUUGAAGGUUAGCCAUGACUUCGAAGACUUAGGCGAAGGAGAUGCUCGCAUACUCACCCUAAAAGAUAGUCGCAUUCUUGACAAUGAAGGCUCGUGUUGUUUGCCCGAGGAUGAGCUGCAAAAUGUGGAGAUGGCGGAAGCAGAGCGUACCAAGAAAAACAAGGAGUUGAAGAUAAAGAAACGCGACUAUACCGGGUACGAUGACGAAGAGUUUACUCCUGGCCAAGAAGGGAUGAAACGGUCCGUUCUGUCCAAGUAUGAUGAAGACAUCAAUGGCGCCGGGGAAACUGGUUUUCGACUAGGCAGCUCAACACAGCAGACCCGAGCAGUCAAGCUAGAGGAACAGAAGCACCUGGCUGCGGCAGCUGUGAACAAAUCCCUUCUGUCUAUUGACUACACCAAGACCUUCCUGGACACUGAUUACCUCAAGGAAGGUGAUGUCGGUUUUAAAAAACCCAAGAAUAAGAAAAAACGCUCUUCCCGUAGGGUACCGGAGAAUGAAUUAGCGACAGAGGACUCAAUGGAGGUCGACCAAAAGCCCGUUGUACCGCGGGAACGCAACUUGGACACAAAUUUUGUGGACGAUGAUGAACUCCAGGCUGCAUUGGCUCGGUCUCGGAAGGCAAAGUUGCACAAGGCUAAUAAAAUGACUCCUGAGCAACUGGCUCAAAAAUUGGCUGAGCAACGGGUGCACGAGGAAAGUCGAGAAAUAGUCAAGAUUGAAGAUGAGCCAAUGGAGCGUUCUGAUGCUCUCGUUUUUGAUGACACAUCGGAGUUUAUUCGUGCUGUCGGAAACAACCCAGUUCCUGUUGAACGGGAGGUGAAGGAAACGAAGGCGCCGUCGCGGUCACGAGAUGUUUCCAUGGCUCCUGGAGACGAAGCCAUUGACGAACUGGAGGCUGGGGAGGUAGAGAUGAAAGAGGAAGACGAUGAGAUGCAGGACGAUGCGGCCAUCCUCGAUGCGAUAGAAAACCUGAUGAAAACUGUGGAAGCUGAACAAGCGGAUUCAAAGGCGGCGGAGGCAAUUAUGGGCACGGCCUCAGAACAAACCUUCAGGUCGGGUCUAGGCGGGACGCUCAACAUUUUGCGACAACAAGGCCUUCUUGCGAAGCCCGACUCGGAGCUAAUGGAGCGCGAGAAGGUUCAGACGGAUCGUGACCGUUGGCUUGCAGAGCAAAGACGCGCUAUAGAGCGCAGGGAAACAGAGAAGUGGCAGUCACGUGGACAAGCAAAAGACCAGGCAACACGAGAGAUGAUGAAUAGGCAACGGGAGCAGGCAGAGAUUCGCGAAACGGUCGACCUGUUCAAAAAUUACAAGCCGGACGUGAACUUGGUGUACUACGAUGAGCACGGGCGUGCUCUUACGCCAAAGGAAACCUGGAAGGCGUUGUCACAUCGAUUCCAUGGCAAGGGGUCGGGGAAAAUGAAGACCGAAAAGCGGCUGAAGCGAAUUCAAGAGGAGCAAAAACAGGCUGCCAUGUCAAGCGGUGAUACGCCAUUGAGUAUGACAAAAGCCUUUCAAAUGCGACAGGAAAAGCUUGGUCAAGCUCAUAUGGUUUUGUCGGUGGGCAACCGAGGGACGGUGCCCCAAGCGGCCGAAUUUCUUGACGCGCAUCCACUCUCUAAAUCGAGCAAGUCCAUGGGGCCCUCAAAGGGCAAGCAGAAGAAAGAGAGCAAGAAUGUGACGACAACGGACCCCGGUUUUAUGACUGUCCCUGCACCUCAAGUACUCUCAUCUGCUAGUGCCAGUCCCGUGCCAUCUGGCUUCAACUCAACAGGCUCCCCCGCUCCAAAGCCAGGAUUUUCACGAAUUUCGUCUGUUGUGGAUGCACCUUCAUCCCUAGCCUCCUCCGACAGCAUUGAACGGUCCAAAGUCACCAUUGGGUUUGCGGCGAAGAGGAAAGCGACCGAAGAAGCACCAGGUUCACCUGCCAGUAAACGACGUUGA